AUGUCACCUGCCCCGCAGCCGCUCAACGCCCAGCGUUUUCAACGCCGAAGUCGCCCUACGGUGAAAGAAAGUCUUAAUCGAGUGAGAACAAACUCACUGGGUGAGAACAAACCGGCAAUGGCAAUGAUGGCUGGAACGGAAGCCAUGAGCUUGAACACCGACCUGCUGGCACAGUGCAUCUUAAAGCAGCUCCAGGCCAAGGGUUCCGAACUCUGCCAUAUCAGUUGCAACUCCGAUGCGGAGACCUGCUCGCCAUCGGCUUCCAGUGGAACGCCGCGUUCGGAGUCGGAUGGUGUGCCACAGUCACCAUCCAAGGUGCCGUUGCAUUUGGCGAACCUUCUGGGACAAAAUCAGGCUCCCCGCCCCCCUCCCGGGUUGAUGGAAACUUCUCAGGAGCCACAGUGGCAGUUGAUGAACCCAAGCGCGAAGUUUAAGUCCUCCUGCGGAUGCGCGCUGGUGUCCCACCCCAUUACUGUUGGAGAUUUCGAGGGCCUUCGUGUGAUCUUUUCCCCCGGCAAGCUAUGGAUGAGUGAGUACUGCCGAAACACCAAGAAGCACAAGAAGACCCAGGUCACGGAAGCCCUGCCGAAGUUUGGCUCUUUGCAGCUGAAGUUGAUGGAUUCUCCUGCAAGCGUCGGUCGUCGCGUCUUCUUCGUGGUGGGCUCCCUGCGCGUGGGUCCAAUCCAAACGAAGCCAGGACAGGUAAUCACCGAGGUUUGUGAACUGCAGUCGGACUGGCGCGGGGAGACCACAAAAUAUCAGGGCCAGCUGCCAAUCCGUGUAGAGGUGGAAGUCUCUGGAGAGUCAAGUUGAGGCGGUGAACUGCGAAGCGGGAGUCGCUGACCCCUGAUGGUUGAUGCCCCUGCAUCGGCCACAAGAACGGCUGCCAGCAGACACUUUCCUGCGCCUGGCCCUACAAGGGCCUGCGGGAGUGGAUGUUGAGAGCCACUCUUUUGCUCCGUGGCCCAGGGUAGCUCUGAGCGUCACCAGCGGGAUGUAAC